UUAUCCGAGUUUUUUAUGGGUGAUUUUUCUUAUAAAUUCGUACAUUUUGUACUUUUAGAGAUAUUUUGUACAAUUAAAUUAUUAAAAUCCUUCAUCCCCGAUUUACAAAUUAUUUCUUAUUUAAAAUAAUGUCGUCUGCAGACGUCCUCAAUAAGGCUGAGACAGUUACUUGUAAAAUCGAAUGGAAAUUAAACGAUUUGCAUACAUACAGAGAGUUUAUGCCAAAUGAAAAGUGUUUCUCGAGUAAGAAGUUUUACAAUCCACAAUAUCGUUCAGCUGCGUGGGAGUUGCGAGUUUAUUUAUACUCAUCUAACAAUUAUGCUACACUUGUACAAGUGAAGGAAACGUUGAAGGUAAAAUAUGAGUUAUAUGCUUUGGAUGCUAGAGGAGAACGCGUCGAUAUUUGUCCAGUUAUGUCACACGAUUUUAAUCGCUUCAAAGAAACUUGGAGACAUAAACUUGAUAUGGAAAGAUUGUCACAUACGGAUGGUUCUGUGUUGCUUAUUUGCGAAAUUCGAUUUUUGCCUCAAAAUUUGAGACGCAGUCGAAAGUUGAAAUGUGGAUUUAAUGAUAUUGGCAAUUUUUCGUCAACUAAUUUUAAAAAAUUAAUGAGUAACAUGUUUGAACAGGAAACGCUUACUGAUUGUGUUAUUAACAUUGAGAAUCAGAAAAUAAACGCUCAUCGUUGUAUUUUGGCGCAGAAUAGUGAAGUAUUCUUAAGAAUGUUUGAACACGGUGGUAUGCUCGAGGCGCAAAAUGUAUAUUUUUACAAAUUGAUAAUUCAUACUUUGCACUCGUCUUGCCGGGAUUAA